AUGUUCACCAUCCCCUGCGACAACGCCGAAGCAUCCAACCCUCAACCCGUCAAGAACACAUCGACUACCUCCAGGGUUGGCCUUGGGAUUGACCUAGACACCCUCCGCGACAUCUGGGCCUACAUCUCACCAGAUUCGGAGCCAGUUUCGAGUGCCAUAUCAACUGCCCACGACUGCGAGGUCUCAGACACAGAUAGUCGGACCACCAUACUAUCUCCGUGGGACAUCGAAGCCGCCCGGAGUACCUUCAGCAAUUUGUCUUCUGAGCCAGAAAGCAGGCCAGAUACUCCUAGGCCUAGUCCUGCACACUCGACGAGCACGUCUCCAAUUCACUUUCAAACAACGCAGUCGCCGCGCGUCAAACGCUUGCUGAGAGCCUCCGGGCUCAGCGUUCGCACCCACGAUCUUGAUGCAACACCCAGGCAUGAGCCUGCCAGACCCGUGAUCACAAGCUUCUUCAACGGGCUACGCCCAGCGCUGAAGCCUGUCAAUAUGGAAACGGCUUUUACUCCCUUUUAUCACCACCUAGCAGGGACGGCACCAUGCUCUGACUAA